AAUUGUUGUGUAGCUAUAAAACAUAAAAAAGUGAAUUUCUGAUACAUAUGACAACAUGAAUGAAUUUCAAAAUUAUGUUGAACAGACAAUCCAGACACAAAAAAUACAUGCAUAUGAUUCCAUUUAUACAAAGUACAAAAACAGGCAACAAAAUGGAUGGUUCUUCUAAAUAUAAUGUGGCACAAAAGAAAGACACAAAAAAGUAUAGACAGGUGAUUCCAUUUUUAUAAUAUAUUAGAAAGGCAAAGCUAAUCUACACUAUUAGAAAUUAGGACAACAAUUAGCUUUUGGGAAAAGAUAGUUAUUAGAAAGGAGCACAAGGUGGUUUCCAGGAUGCUAUUAAUGUUCUGUUUCUUGGCCAGAUGAAAAUGUAUUGAACUGCACACAAGAUAUAUGCAUAUUAACAUAUGUGUAUUAUACUUCAAUGAAAAUGUAUUUUUAAAAAGCAAAAGAAUAUACAUGCACAUAAACCAAUAAUAAACAUUUGGCAAAAACACACAAUUAUGUGUGUUUUAUUUAUAAAAGAUAUAGAAAUGGAAAUAUCCUCUCAGUAACAGGGAAUAGAAACAAAGGAUCCCUUCUGCCGUUCCCACGCCUAGAUCACGCCAGUUACACACAGGGCAGCUCUGAAUCAGAGUUAGCCUCUAGACUGUGGGAUGGGGAGAGAGGAAGCCCCAACCCAUACCUGUGGGGCCAGGAAAAAUAUUCAAAUAGAGGCCCACAUACCAUAUACCUAAAAAAUUAAAAGUUACAAACCAAGUAACAAACUGUUGAAUAAAAUUCUGUAUGUUCUACCUGCCUACCCUGACAUAUCACACACAUACAUAUAUAUAUACAACCUUCAUAAUGAUCAGGAAUGCCAGGCUCAAAUUUAGAAUCCUCAGACUCUCCCAGGCCCCUGGCCCAAUCCCUGUCUCUUUCCAACCCAGCUAAGUAUCACACUGCAAAAAAACCUCACAAUUGCAUGGGGGUCUACCCCAGGACUUCUAAAUUCAAUCCAAAUCCCCACAACCAGCCAUUCCUUAGGCCUACAAGUGCAUACUGGCAGCACAAUCUUCCCUGGGAGAAUGUCCCUGAGGAAGAGGCCCACACAGGUCCUGGAGGCAGGCUGGGGCCUGUGGGCAGGGUAUUACAGAGACCCACGCACAAGAAGAGUGGUUUAGAGUGGGUGCAUAGGCCUGAGUGAACACAUCCCUUGGCCCCAUGGACUCACUGCCUCAUAGGAAGGACACAGCCACAGGGGACCAGAGUAAAGGCCAGCUUAAGGGCCUAUACUGCCAAGUUUAAGAGCAAUACUAGAUACAAGAGUACCUUAUUCUCCACCCAAACAAUCCCACCAAAAGAGCUGAUAUUUGCCCUACACUUUAGUUUACAAAGCACCUGCACACACAAUACUUUUAAUCAAUCCCACAACUUUGUAAGAUUGUAACAUACUUCCAUUUGAGAGAUGAGAAAACUGAGCUAAAAAUGACUUGCCUGAAGUCACACACACAAAAAAUGAGCACUCCUCGGUCUCCAGUGGAGGAGUCUUUUCUCUAAUUUCAAAGGUACUCAACAUGGCAUGCAUCCCCCAGCUCUCUAGAGAACUGAUGGGCUAAAAAGGAACUUAAAAUUAUAAGUACAUAGUUGAAAUAUUUUGGAAAAAAAAAAAACAGAGUCAGAAAAGGACAUUUAACACCAAAUACAGAGCAAUUUCUGGGAAAAAAACCUGGGCCCAGAGCAAAAAUCAUCACUGGGACAAAGACUACUAUGUAGCGGUAGCAAUCCUAGCUGGGUCUUGGGGGCUCCAUUCCCACUCCAAACCACAAAAUGAGGGCCUACAACACAUUUAAGGAAUCCCCACCCAAAUUCCACACCAAUUACAUGGGGGGUGGGGGGGUCUGGCUCCACAGCCCUCCUUCUCUCCACCACUCUGCUGAAAAUACUUUAUUAAUGAGAGGGCGACAUAAAGCCACAGGACACCAUCUGCUCAGAGGCAAUCCAGAGAGAGAGCAGCCUGGCACCACCCCAGGUGAAGCCUGACCCUCCUCCAGCAAGGACCCACUAAGGCCAUGCCUCCCUCUAAUUACUAAGUGUCUAGCUCAGGACCUGGGAAGUUAUUUAGAGAACCAUCGCCUGCUCCUUGCACAGAUUAUCCAUGACGCAGCAGGCACUGUCUGCUCGCAGCCAGCUGCCUGAAGCUGCCAUCUCCUCACUCCAGUAUCCCGGGAUCCCUUCUGCCGCCUCUGCACCCUCAAGUUCAGCAGCAUCAUGUCUCUUGCAAACACAGCUGCGGAGUACAUGCUCUCCGAUGCCCUGCUGCCUGACCGCAGGGGUCCCCGCCUCAAAGGCCUGCGCCUGGAACUGCCCCUGGACCGGAUGGUCAAGUUUGUAGCCGUGGGCUCCCCGUUGUUGCUGAUGUCUUUGGCAUUCGCCCAGGAGUUCUCCUCUGGGUCUCCGAUCAGCUGCUUCUCUCCCAGCAACUUCAGUGUCCGGCAGGCUGCCUAUGUGGACAGCUCCUGUUGGGACUCACUGGUCCACCAUGAGCAGGACAAGCCUGGCCAGUACAAGAUGAAAUCUCUCUGGCCCUACAAGGCGCUUCCCUACUCCCUGCUGGCCUUGGCCAUGGUCAUGUACCUGCCAGUUCUGCUGUGGCAGUAUGCGGCCGCACCAGCACUCAGCUCAGAUCUGCUGUUCAUCAUCAGCGAACUGGACAAAUCCUAUAAUCGCUCCAUCCGCCUGGUGCAACACAUGCUGAAGAUCCGGCAGAAGAGUUCCGACCCCCAUGUGUUUUGGGAUGAGCUGGAGAAGGCUCGGAAAGAACGAUACUUUGAAUUCCCUUUGCUAGAGCGGUACCUGGCAUGUAAGCAGCGCUCACAUUCACUAGUGGCUACCUACCUCCUGAGGAACGCCCUCUUGCUCCUCUUCACCUCAGCUACUUACCUGUACCUUGGCCACUUCCAUCUGGAUGUCUUCUUCCAGGAAGAAUUCAGCUGCUCCAUCAAGACAAAGCUGCUAAGCGAUGAGACCCACAUCCCUGAUCUGAUCACAUGUAGGCUGACCUCCCUGUCCGUUUUCCAGAUUGUUAGCCUCUCUAGUGUGGCAAUAUACACCCUGUUGGUUCCAGUGAUAGUCUACAACCUCACACGGCUAUGUCGGUGGGACAAACGACUCCUAUCCAUCUAUGAGAUGCUUCCAGCUUUUGAUCUCCUCAGCAGAAAGAUGCUGGGAUGCCCCAUCAAUGACCUCAAUGUGAUCCUUCUUUUCCUCCGAGCUAACAUCUCUGAGCUCAUCUCUUUUAGCUGGUUGAGUGUCUUAUGUGUGUUGAAGGACACAACCAGCCAGAAGCACAACAUUGACACAGUGGUCGACUUCAUGACUUUACUGGCUGGCUUAGAACCCACAAAACCUAAACACCUCACCCAUCAGGUGUGUGAUGAACACCCAUAGUUAAGAAACCAUGGAGCAAGAAAAUCUGUGAAAAAAAAGUAUCUCUCCUUCCUCACAAGCCACACCUACUAAAACAAAAAAUAUAUAUACACUUUAGAAUUGCUAAGCUUAAUUCAGCUGAAUCAUCUAUCCUAUAUCAUGUUAUCCUAAAGGUGAGAAGCUGCAAUAAAGACAUGGAAGUAAAAUACGAAAGCUGG